AUUGAUCUUAAUAGGAUUCUUUUGAUCGUAAUAUGAUUCAUUUGAUCUUAACAGGAUUCAGACGAACGGAAUGCGGAGAACAAUUGUUGUGAGACGACAGUGUUGUCAUGGUUUUGUCAGGAGAACCGAUGGUCGACCCGGAUGCAGCGCCUUGAAAAUGGAAAACCUCUAUGACACAAUGAAAUCUUUAGAGAUGACGAAAUUCUUAAGUUGGAUGGAGAGUUCGGGACUGAAAGACAAACUAAUGACGGAAAAUCUCACUGUGUUCACGCCUUCGAACGAUGCCAUCGUUGACUUUGAAGACGACACUGAAGAUAACGAAAUUUCGGCCAUGAAUCCUGCCAAGAUGACUGAUAUUGCUCUGACAGUUUCUGGACAUAUUGUGGAGGGUUUCCUGAACAUUGAUUCUGUGGAAGAUGAAGAGCUUUUGAACACUCUCAAUGACCAGAACAAAAUUCGCAUCAAUAAAUAUCAACCAGCUCACGAGGUUGUAACAGCUAACUGCGUUCCUGUCAGCGGCAAAAAUAAUUUGGCAACAAAUGGUAUUGUUCACCUGGUGUCUGGUGUUUUGCCCUCGCUCAAGUCAUCCGUGGAAGACAUUUUGAGCAACAACAAAGAAUAUAGCAAAUUUAGGAAACUUCUGGCAGAGAGUAAUUUAUUGGAAGUUCUUCAAAAAGACGGUCUACCUUGGACAUUGUUCGUCCCGACAAAUGCAGCAUUCAGAAAACUCCCGAGGCUAUUGCAAAGACAGAUAGAAUCAGGAGAAGGAUGUGUUGAAAGUAUUUUGCAUCAACAUAUUGUAAAGGGAACGAUUUGCACUGCGGCUAUCAUAAGUCAGAACAGAGUGAGGAAUAUUCUGGGAAACAAUCUUCAACUCACAAAAGACGAAGCGGAAAAAUUGCGAGUCAAUGGAGCUCUAAUGGAAUCCAAUGAUAUCGUGGCCACAAAUGGCGUCAUUCACGAGAUAGAUACGGUUUUGAUUCCUCCACAAGCAAGAAACAUUUUGAAAGCACUGGAAGAAGAAGAGAGACAAGACAUCAUUGAUUUAAUUGAAACUUCCGACCUCCUUUCAGAAUUGGAACAAUCAAAGAACGUCACUUUCUUCCUGCCGACAAAAGAAGCCAUAAAAAGCUUGUCGAAUGAAACAAAAGAAGAAUUGUUGAAUAAUCCGGAGUACUUGAAAAGCGUUCUGCAACAUCAUCUAGUGCAAGAUCAUCUGCCUUCCAGCAAGUUCUUGGAUAAUUCCAAACUUACAACUAUGGGAGGGCAUAGCCUUCACUUGAAAUUGCAUGAAUUGUUUCCCGGUAUUGUGACUGGGGCAACAGUACAGUGUGCUUUCCUGAUGAGCCACGAUAACCAAGCCUGUGGUGCUGUGAUUCACAAAAUAAACAAGGUGCUGAUUCCUCCCAAAGGAAGUAUAGCUGAAGUUCUCGAAGACAUGCCGGAUCACAGCAUUGUGAUGAAGUUACUUAAAAAUACAGAUUUAGAAUCGAAACUGAAGGAGGAUGGACCUUUCACGUUUCUCGCUCCCACCGACGACGCCUUCGAGAGAAUGACAGAAAGCUCACUCGAUGAUCUACUCGAAAACAAUACACUAGCCGAAGAUAUCUUGAAACUUCACGUACUUCCAGAAGUGCUGUGCUGCAACGGUGUUCCACAUUCGUCACCCUUCCACCGACAGUUUGUCAGAACAUUCGACGGCAGUAUUCUUCCGCUCCAUCGGGGAAUCGGAGACAGGGUUCGAUUUGGAAGAGCCCGUGCACUCCACUGUGAUAUUCUAGCCACCAACGGCCUAGUUCAUUCCAUCAACAGAGUCAUCCAGAGACAGAGGCAGAGAUCUAACCUAUUUAAUAUGGACUUGUGGCCCUUCUUCUAGAAGAGAGUCAUUCUUUGUAUUUAUUGCACAUUUUUUUUAACUUAUGAGUCAUCCGAUCAGUGAUAGAAUAAAUAUUUUAUUACACAA